AAAUAAGGUGUUGAGCAAUGAUGCAAUGUCCUGUUGCUUGCCACUUUUGAUGUUUCUUUUCUUGGGCUGCUGCGUUCCGGUAUUCCUGGAAUCAGAACCAUCACGUUGUCGCUUCAUGGCGUCAGGAGAGGGUUCACUGGUUGAAGGCACUCGAACAAACCACCUGGUAUGGCUUGCCCUACAGCUAUUGGACCCACCGCCAUAUCGAACAGAGACGGAUGGGUCGCUUGGCUCGGCACUGGAAUGACCCGCGAAUUGUGCAGCAACGGUGUAUAGUAAGCGCAUCUUCUCGUGUAUGGUGUUGUAGGUCUGCUCCAUGAAGACCAGCGCAGCGAUUUCAUUCUGCUUCUUCACGAGUUGCCAUUCAUCUACUAAAGGAGGGAGAUUGUAAGGGUUAGCCUGUGAGUGGCAAAGCCACAAUUUCGGACAGGCGGAGAAACAGGAGAGGCUCGCCGAGUCGCGUGCGGCAAAGUUGCGAAAAACCAAAGCUCGGAGCCUCGUGAAGGCUUUCUUGUUUGAUAUCUCGCGCUUCCAGGUUCCCAUGAAGUGACUGUGGACACCUCCGUCGAAAUCGUCUGGCAUGGAUCUCGUUUGUUCAAGGAUAAGCACAGCCAGAUUUGGAAUGUGAACCAAUGUCAUAAGAUCCGCGGCACUUAGGGCAAGAUUCUGGAUACUAAGGUCUUCCUGAACAUCAACCAAUCUCGGAAUGAUACC